GCAAGCACAUAAGAAAGACGAAGAAACAUGAUGUAGAGAACAGCAGAAGUACUAUAUUUAGAAAGGGAGGAAAAAAAUGUUGGUUGGAAGACGGAACCAAAAUAUAGAAGCGGAGAAAGGAUGUAAAAAGAGGAGGAGGAGGAAAGCAGGAGAGGUCCCAUGGAGAGAAGGAGGGCUCUCUGCAGUUAUGAAGGAGAAAUAAGGAGGCGGUAAUAUUUAUUUAUUUAUUUAUUUUUUACCUGCAAUGCAGUGCCAGGCUGCUCCAGCCAAUCAGAAUGCGAGGCAGGGAAAGAAAGGGGUGGGCUUUGAGGACUGACGCCAGCAGAGCAUGGCACACAGAGACAGAAAAUGUGAUUAUGAAAGUGAGCGGGCGAGGAAGAUGUUUGUGUGAGUGUGUGACAGUAAAGCGGGGGAGAGUGAGCGAGAGAGAGAGUGCGCGAGAGAGUUUCUCCUCAUUGGAAUAUCUCAUUGUGCAGAGCGCACGAGCUGCAGCCUCUAGUUCAUGGCUUUGGCUCUCACCUGUGAGCCUUGGCCACCUCCGUCUCUCAUGGGCAUCCGAGCGUCCUGUAGACCUAAUCCCCACCCGCGGGGAGCUGCCCAGCCUGACUCAGCUCUGCAGGAGCAAGAGGAGGAGAUCUUGGGCUCUGAUGAUGAAGAGCAGGAAGAUCCCAACGACUAUUGCAAGGGUGGUUAUCACCAUGUGAAGAUUGGGGACCUGUUCCACAGCCGGUACCACGUGAUCCGCAAACUGGGCUGGGGGCAUUUCUCCACUGUGUGGCUGGCAUGGGACAUCCAGGGAAAGCGCUUUGUGGCUAUGAAGGUAGUGAAGAGUGCAGAGCAUUACACUGAAACAGCUCUGGAUGAGAUCAAGCUCCUGCGCGCGGUGCGAACCUCGGACCCGAACGACCCCAGCGGAGAGAAAGUAGUGCAGCUGCUGGACGACUUCAAGAUUUCAGGUGUCAAUGGCACUCAUGUGUGCAUGGUUUUUGAGGUCCUUGGUCACCACUUGCUCAAGUGGAUCAUCAAGUCUAACUACCAGGGUUUGCCCUUACCCUGUGUUAAAAGCAUCAUUCGGCAGGUUUUGCAAGGUCUGGACUAUCUGCACACAAAGUGCAAAAUCAUCCACACAGACAUAAAGCCGGAGAAUAUCUUAAUGACCGUCGAUGAGUCAUACAUCAGGAAGCUGGCAGCCGAGGCCACGGAGUGGCAGAAAUCUGGAGCUCCUCCACCAUCCGGCUCAGCAGUAAGCACAGCUCCAGCGCCGAAACAGAUGGCGAAAAUGUCUAAGAACAAAAAGAAGAAGCUGAAGAAGAAGCAGAAGCGGCAGGCCGAGCUGCUCGAGAAACGCAUCCUGGAAAUCGAAGGACUGGACAGAGUGAACGAAGGGGGCGAGGAUGAGGAGGACGAGGAAACGGAAACCCCUGACACAACUCCGUCAGUACCCAACAGUCAGACUCUGCAGGAGAUCACAGCCGAGGCCACCGUGGAUGGAGUUCCCGAACCCUGGUCUCAGCACAGAGAAUGCACCGUGGAUGGAAACUUUAACAGCCAGCACCCCGAGGAUGAGAAGCCUGCCGAUGUGCAGCAGCAAGAGAAGGAUGAAACUCCCAUCAACCCUUACGGCAAUGUCACAGGAGAGGCGGAGUCCCAGCCCGUUAACCCUUACCCAGUGUGCAACGGGACGACACCCUGCGAGGCAGGCUGUCCUGAUGGUAAUGGACCUUUGCUUUGUGACGUGUUUGAGUCGCAGCCGAAACAGGAGACACCGGAUACAAAGAAGCUGAAUGCCUGUAAUACAGUAAACGUUUGGGAGGUGGAGUCGAGACCCAAGAAUGAGGCGGAGCCAAUUUCACAGGCAGGCCCAGACAUGGAGGACGUUAAGCUCGCAGCAGGGAAUCUGUUGGUGAACCCACUGGAACCACUGAACGCUGACCAGAUCCAGGUGAAAAUCGCUGACCUGGGCAACGCCUGCUGGGUGCACAAACACUUCACAGAUGAUAUUCAGACACGGCAGUAUCGUUCUCUGGAGGUGCUAAUCGGUUCAGGCUACAGCACCCCAGCAGACAUCUGGAGCACAGCAUGCAUGGCAUUUGAACUGGCGACCGGGGAUUACCUGUUUGAACCUCAUUCCGGAGAGGAUUACUCCAGAGAUGAAGAUCACAUUGCGCUGAUCAUGGAGCUGCUGGGCAAAGUUCCUCGCAAACUCGUCAUAAACGGCAAAUAUUCAAAGGAGUUCUUCACUAAGAAAGGUGAGCUGAGGCACAUCACUAAGCUGAAGCCGUGGGGGCUUUUGGACGUCCUGGUGGAGAAGUACGAGUGGCAGAGGGAGGACGCGCAGAGCUUCAGCAGCUUCCUCCUCCCCAUGCUGGAUCUGAUUCCCGAGAAAAGAGCUACGGCUGCCGAGUGCCUCCGCCACGCCUGGCUCACGUCGUAGUAGCCGGGCGGGGGGAGCGGGGCUACUACGAUAUCAUCAGAUACUCACCUCCGAUAAAGACUUAACAGUCUGGUCAUUUGCCACACUUCGGCUCUUGAUGGAACAUGAAAGGGGUCCAAUCAAACAGGUGUAUUAUCUAUUUAUUUCUCGUAAUGUUCCUUUCUUAUGUACCAGGUGCAGUUUGAUGUAUCCUGCCGUUCUUGACGCUUUUAUUUUCUUCCCCUCCCUUCUGUGCGCCAAGAGAAUCUAACAACGUGCUUGUUUUCGUAUGAGGUACGAUAGCAGUUUAACAAUACAAAUACGAAUUUUCCUGUACAUUUGCUUUAGUCUUAAUCAGUCCAUCUGACAGUCAUGCUCAUUUGGCAGUACUGAUGGAAGCACAGAUGCCCUGUUUCUGCUGUGAAUAGGUUGUUUUGUUUUUGUUUUUCUUUCUUUCUUUUCCUAUUCCAGCGCAGGCUGCAUGAAACUUAUGAAUGAUGUAGACACAGAUGGCCUAGCUGUAAAUGGACAUUUACAAUAUAGACAGAUGUGAAUUUUCAGCGUAAUGAUUUCCAGCUGUGCGUGCGCUACUUUGUCAUAUGUAACUUUAAAAAAAAAAAAAAAAAAAUGUAAACGUUAAAAAAACAACGAAAAUGAAAUAAAAAUGUAUAAAAAAAAAUAAAAAAUAGAGCGCACAACUUGGGAUGUGUUGGACUGUGGGUGCGUAAAGUUUCCUAUGCGCAGUGUGGAAGAGGUGAAUGUCUUCACCACAGACCCGGUGGUGUCAUGAAACCGUCUGGUGUUUUUGUACCAAAGAGUUGGCGCUCUUCUUCAGUGUCAGUAUUGUUGCAUUCGUGCAUUUCUUUGCUCAAUAGCUCGAUGGCAAUGUUUGAGUAAAGCAAUACGAAGACGCCUUGAUGAACGCUCCUCUGGGUUUUGGGGAUUCUCCUGAUGCUGAUGUUGCUUGAAGCAGGAUCAGUGAGGAUGAUUAUUUUUUUUAUGUGUAAAUGAACGUAGGGUAAUUUUAUUGUGAAAGACCCGGACCUCUGCUUGCUCUUUUGUAUUGAAAGACUUUCACCUUUUCCAGUUUCCACAAGCACGUCCUUUUCUCUCUCUUUCUCAGCCGCUACGCUCUCUGAUUGUUCGCCGCUUCAGUGCUCCCUGUCGUUGUUAUGAAUAAAGACUUUAAAGUCGCA